UAGGAAAAGUUUUAGAAAAGGGAUCUAAACAUUGGACUUAUUUUUAAUAGUUAGUCUUCCUCUCUUUCAAACUUCCAACUCGUAGCUUCCGCGAAGAGAACCUCCAUUUUUGGGAGCUUUUCCUGUAACCCUAAUCCGCUUGAACAGAGAGAAAGAAAUCACCAUGGAUGCAUCUGCAAGAAGAUCUGGUGGAGGCCUAUGGGAAGGCCUUUACCGUGUUGUCAUGCGCCGUAAUUCUAUCUAUGUCACCUUUGUCAUCGCCGGUGCUUUUGUCGGUGAACGGGUAGUGGAUUAUGGAGUUCAUAAAUUGUGGGAGUACAACAACCAGGGGGUGCAAUCUAAAAACUGAGGCUUAGCUGACUUUGGGGCUGGUGAUCAAGUAUAAUUAGUAGUUACUAGGGUGAUUUAUGUCAAUGCCCAAUCAUGUUCUGUUUGCUGGGGGAGUUGAAUAUUGAUUAAUCCAACCUAUGGGGGAUCUGGAGAUCGGAUAAAUUUUGGCUGCUGGUUUAUAGUCUUUAUAUGACUGGUUCUCUUGUAGCUAAUGUGAACAUGUGAUAAAUUUUAAUGGAAAGUUGUUUGAUUGCGUUUCGAAGAUGAAUAAUGUUGCUGACAAGUGUAUAGUAUAUAGUGAAAAGUGUUUAGUAUGGAUACAUGUUUAUGAAGAAGAAAAUGCAGUAUAUCUCUCUGCAUCAAUAAUAUCGUAUUAGUGUAUUUGAACUUAUGAUCUUUGUGUAGGCCUAGUGUAGCAUAGUAUUAUGUGGUUUGGGUUGUUAUUUCUUCCCAUUUGCUUCCUUCUUAUGUUUGUGGAGGAAUUGAU